UUCAUCGUGUUAGGGUUUGCACCACCUUUUCUUCUCACUCACUACAAAAUUUCCGUUUUUCCGAUCAACAGAAUAUUGCAAAUUCUUCUGUGCUUUCAUUUCGGUAACUUGCGAUAUCAGAUAACGAAGUUUUGUUCCUUUGUUUCCCUUUCUUGUUGUACUGAAACUUGGGGAAAGAGAAGUUCUUAAGUUGUAGUUGAUACAUUGGAUCUUUCUUCAAUGGGGGAUGCUGAGAAUGCCCUUCCACCAUCAAAGAAAAGGGCUCCUGGAAGGGAGCUCACUCGAGAUACUCCUCUUGAUGACGAGGAAGAUACCCCUGAGCUUGAUGUUGGAACUUUCAAGAGGGCCAGUGAUGAGGUUCUGUCAACAAGAAGAAUGGUCAAAGUUCGUCGCCAACAGACUAAUUCUUCUACUUCUUCAAACCCAUUUGCUGGAAUACGCUUGGUUGCUCCUACUGAAUCCAGUGCUAAUCCUGGUGAAGCAACUACUAAAACACAAUCAGCUGGUGAGAACACUACUGCGGAUGAUUCAAAAGGUGGUGAUGGUAUAACCAAAGACUCUGAAAAAGCUAAAGAUGAAGAAAGUAAGCAAUUAGAGAGCAAAACUCAUGAGGUGGAGGAUAAGUCUGCUGCAAAUAAGGAUGCUGCAGAAGAAAACAAUGCAGAGAAGGAGACUAACGGUGACAAAUCUGAGGUAGAUAAUGAGAAACAUAAGGAUGGAAGUAAAAGUGAAAAUGAGGAUAAGAAGGAUGCUGGUGAUAAGGAGAGUGCCAAUGAGGUUUAUAAAGAACAAUCUAAGGAUGACAAUAAUACCGAGAACGAUGAUAAGAAAGAAAACAGUGACAACAAGGAUAAGAAACUUGAAAGUGAAGAGCCCAGUGCUGAAGGUGGUGGCACUUUGAAAUCAUUUCAACAGCUCUCAAGUAGUCAAAAUGCCUUCACAGGUCUUGCUGGAACUGGAUUUUCUGCUUCCUUAUUUUCCUUUGGGUCUAAAUCAAAUGAUGGGUCUGCUUUGGGUAGUGAAUCUGGUUCUAUUUUUGGAAUGAAAAAUGACAAGGCUUUUGGCCUGGGUUUAUCCAACAAUGGAAGUUCUGGUUUUGGAACCCCAGGGGUAACUGCUGUUUCUAAGAGCGAAGGAAGUGGUUUCUCAACAAGGCAGGAAGUUGUCGUUGAAACUGGUGAGGAAAAUGAGAAAGUGGUUUUUAAUGCAGAUUCAGUAUUGUUUGAAUUUGUGGAUGGAAGUUGGAAGGAACGUGGAAAGGGUGAACUGAAGGUCAAUGUAACUAGUGGAACGGGAAAGGCCAGGCUUCUUAUGAGGUCUAGGGGAAAUUACAGAUUGAUUUUAAAUUCCCGUAUUUAUCCAGAUAUGAAGCUCACAAAUAUGGACAAGAAGGGUGUUACUUUUGCCUGCAUUAAUAGUGCCACUGAAGCCAAAGAUGGUCUUUCAACAAUUGCCUUAAAGUUCAAGGAUGGAUCCAUGGUGGAGGAAUUUAAAACUGCUGUCACAGCAAAUAUGGGUGAGGAGGCAUCGACACUUCUCAAGACCCCAGAAAAUUCUCCCAAGGCUUCUGAUGUUUAAGAUAUAUCCCAAACUCCUCUGAUACUCAAUUUUCUUGCAAUUCUGUCUCUUUAGCUGUUAUUUUACGAAGAGAAAAUUUGUCGGGUAUCAUUCUCAUGCCUUUGUGUGGCAAAAUCUAUCAUACUUGAGACUAGUACUUUAAUAUGAGUCAAAUCUAGGAGUGAUAGAAGAAUUUAAUUUUGGGUAAAUCAUGGAUUUAGAAUACACAAUCUUAGCUUUUGAACACUAGAACUUUCGAUAAUACUUCUGAGGCUGGAAUAAGAUAAAUUUCGGCAUUCAGUAGUGAACGUUUUCUACAAUCAUGACUCGUAGAAGUGUGUGAAUCAUGAUUACUGUUUUUCUCUCGGCAUAUUGAAAGCUCUUU